AUGGCAUUCCGGGUCCCAGUCCAGCGAGUCUCGGCCACUCUGGCCGGACGAUCAAGCCGCCCGCUUUCCACCGGUGUACUAGCUGUGGCCCGGCUGCGAUGCUAUUCACAGGCGGCCGCCGCCUCCAAUCUGGCUCAGGAGACCCAGGGCUCAAUUGUGAGGGACGCCAACCUUCCCAACCCCGAUCCCACCGCCGACUCCCCGAGCGCCGCACUUGUCAAUGAGCAUGCCCCGUUCAUGGUUGCGACAUACUCCCGACCACCCCCCGUCUUUGUACAAGGAGAAGGCUCGUAUAUAUGGGAUCUUGAGAACCGGAAAUAUCUGGACUUUACGGCCGGAAUCGCUGUCAAUGCUCUGGGCCAUUCCGACCCCGAGUUCGCUGACUUGAUCGCCCAGCAGGCCAAAACACUCAUCCAUGCCUCAAAUCUGUACUACAACCCAUGGACCGGCGCUCUUUCGAAACUGCUGGUCGAGAAGACUCUGGAGUCAGGGGCUAUGCACGAUGCCACCUCCGUGUUCAUCUGCAACUCGGGCUCCGAGGCUAACGAGGCCGGCAUCAAGUUCGCCCGCAAGGUGGGCAAGGUCCUCGACCCCUCCGGCGAGAAAUAUGAGUUCGUCUCCUUCCACAAUGCUUUCCACGGGCGCACCAUGGGGAGUCUGUCGGCCACGCCGAACCCCAAGUACCAGAAACCCUUCUCGCCCAUGGUUCCCGGCUUCAAGUAUGGCGACUUCAACGACGUCGCCGCCAUCAACGAGCUGGUCACCGAGAAGACGUGCGGUGUCAUCGUCGAGCCCAUCCAGGGCGAGGGCGGCGUCCAGGUCGCCAGCGACGAGUUCCUCAUCGCCCUCGCCAAGCGCUGCCGCGAGGUCGGCGCCGUGCUGCACUACGACGAGAUCCAGUGCGGCUUGUCCCGCACCGGCAGCUUCUGGGCCCACGGCCGCCUGCCCAAGGAGGCGCACCCGGACAUCCUGACCACGGCCAAGGCGCUCGGGAACGGCUUCCCCAUCGGCGCGACCAUCGUGAGCAAGGACGUGGCGGAGAAGAUCAAGGUCGGCGACCACGGCACCACGUUCGGCGGGAACCCGCUCGCCUGCCGACUGGCGCACUAUGUCGUCUCUAGGCUGGCCGAGCCUGCUUUCCAAAAGGAGGUAACGGCAAAGGGCGCGGUGUUCGUCCAGAAGUUCAAGGAGCUGCAAGCCAAGUACCCCGAGUUGAUCUCGGAGGUGCGAGGCCGGGGACUGAUCCUGGGUCUUCAGCUGACCCAGGACCCGAACCCCAUCAUCACGGCUGCUAGGGAGAGGGGCUUGCUCGUCAUUACUGCUGGCACAAACACCCUUCGGUUCGUGCCGCCUUUGACCGUCUCGGAGAGCGAGAUUGACGAGGGCAUUGAGAUUCUGGACAAGGCUAUUGCUGCAACCCAGGCAUGA